UCACACCUCAGCAUCGUUUUUUCGCCAUGGCGAGCGCGUGGAAAUUUGUAGAUGUCAUGAGGCCCUUAUUGGCUGCAUCCCUCCCCAGCGCAGUCGCGCUGGCACGAUGCCAGUGCGACCAACGAGGCACCGCAGGCACUGGCCGGUCUCGGCGCUUCUUGCAGCCAAGAAGUCCCUUCUUGUGGUGCGAAGAGAAGAAAAAAGUAGCCAUUGGUAUCGACCUUGGAACGACCUUCAGCUGUGUUGGUGUUUGGAAGGAGGAUGGGGUUCAAAUCAUUGAGAACUCGGAAGGGAAAAGAACGACGCCCUCCUUCGUGGCCUUUACCGAGGCUGAACGUUUGGUGGGCGAUGCAGCGAAGAGCCAAGCCGCCAGAAAUCCUGGCAACACGAUCUUCGAUGCCAAGAGGUUGAUUGGCCGGAAAUUCCACGACUCUCCCGUGCAAGCGGACAUGAAGCACUGGCCUUUCAAGGUCGUCAAAGGGAAAGAUGAUAAGCCCCUGAUUGAGGUGUCUUAUCAGGGAAAGCGCAAGCAGUUUCAUCCGGAGGAAAUUUCGGCUUUUGUCCUCCAAAAAAUGAAGGAAACAGCCGAGGCUCAUUUAGGCCAUCCCAUUACGGAUGCAGUGAUCACUGUGCCGGCGUAUUUCAACGACUCACAGAGGCAAGCAACCAAAGAUGCUGGUGCCAUCUGCGGGCUCAACGUGCUCAGGAUCAUCAAUGAGCCCACUGCUGCAGCCCUGGCCUAUGGCUUGGACUCCAAAGUGCGUGGCGCGCAGCAUGUCUUGGUCUACGACAUGGGUGGUGGCACCUUUGAUGUGUCGCUUCUCGAGAUCGAGGAUGGUGUCUUCGAGGUCAAGGCCACAGCCGGAGACACGCAUCUGGGCGGCGAGGACUUCAGUAACCGGCUUUUGGAGCACUGCAUGAAGGAGUUUGAGAGGAAGAAUCGUGGCAAGGAUGUACGCUCCAACCAGCGUGCCUUGCGGCGAUUGCAGGUAGAAUGUGACACUGCCAAGAAGACCUUAUCCUCAUCCACACAGGCCACCAUUGAGGUGGAUUCUCUGCUGGAUGGCAUCGAUUUCUCCUGUAGCAUCUCUCGAGCCAAGUUCGAGGAACUGAACAUGGAUCUCUUCAAACGCUCCAUGGAGUCCGUACAGAAGGUCUUGGAGGAUGCCAAGGUGGAACGCAAGGCGGUCGAUGAGGUAGUUCUCAUUGGUGGCUCCACCCGCAUCCCCUAUGUGCAGAAGCUGAUCGAGGAUUACUUCGGCAAGGAGCCGUGUCGAUCGAUCAACGCCGAUGAGGCCGUAGCCUAUGGGGCAGCGGUGCAAGCUGCAGUGUUGUCUGGCAACAAGGGCAAGGACUCUCCGUUGAAGGACAUCGUCCUGCUGGAUGUCACGCCUUUAUCCUUGGGUCUGGAAACCGCUGGCGGCGUCAUGACGAGGCUCAUUGAGAGAAACUCCACCAUCCCAACCAACAAGAAGCAGGUUUUCUCCACCUACUCUGACAACCAGCCUGCCGUGACCAUUCAGGUCUAUGAAGGCGAACGAUCCAUGACGAGGGACAAUCGCUUGUUGGGAUCUUUCAAUCUCGAUGGCAUUCCACCUGCUCCUCGGGGGGUGCCCAAGAUCGAAGUCGCCUUCGACCUUGACUCCAAUGGGAUCCUUAAUGUCUCUGCUGCAGAUCAGACCACUGGCAAGUCCAAUAAGAUUACAAUCACCAACGAGAAAGGACGCCUUUCAAAGGAUGAGAUCGAGCGCAUGGUGAAGGAAGCCGAGCAGUUUCGACAAGAAGACGAAAUUGUGCGAAAAAAUGUGGAGGCCCGAAAUGAGUUGGAAAGAUACGUCUACUCAGUGAAAGGCUCCUUAGAUCGGGAGGACCUGAAAGAAAAGUUCACUGAAGAAGAUCGUUCCAAGAUCUCUGAAGCUGUGGAAAGUGCGCUGAAGUGGUUUGAGGAGAACCCGCAGGCGGAUGCUGCUGCCCAUGAGGCGAAACACAAGGACUUGGAGGGAGUUGUGAACCCCAUCAUGGUGAGGAUUUACGGAGACCAGCCGCCGCAAGAUGAUUCCUCCCAAUAGCAGGCUCCAGUGGUGGCAGAUGGCCGCGCUGCAGAGCCUUAGAAAGACCACAUUGUACAGGGCCCCACAUCGUGCUGAGAUGGAAAAUUCUGGUGGA